UGUUGCUGGGCUGCGAGAGGUCCACGUCGGGCCGGGCGUGCUUUCUGCGUCGGACGACUCGCUCGCUUCCUUCGUUCGGUGGCUCGUCCCGCCACGAGUCCACGAGCUGCGGGCACUUGCCGUCGCUCCCCGAAGUCCUCCUCCCUCCGCUGCUGCCUUUCCGACCUCUCUUCUUCCAUCCCCUCGCCAGCUCCACCACAAGAAUUGCGCAUCGCCAGCCCACCGGGAGAUGCCAUCGCUGACUGUAGUAUUUCUUCUGUCCGCUGCCGGUCUACUCAGCUGAAUACCCAACACCUCGCGCAGGCUCUCGGUACAUCAACCACUCGAGCUUCACAAUCUGAAAGACGAGUAUUGCAAGGCGUUGAGCGAGCGAGUGAGCGAGAGUGCCGGCGGAGAUAAGACCUUACACUACCCAAAUGACUAUGCUAAAUUCUCGAACGUCUUACGAGGACUUUUAGAUCUUCGUGUAGGUGUCGGAGGUGUGCAGUGCAGUGUAGUUUGAAGGGUUGCGUAAGUAUUUUGAAGAAAUCGUGUGAUUUGGAGGACGACAGGGAUGGCUGCAUUGGGAGCAGCAACGUUGGUGUCAUGCUCGGGAUUGCAGAGCAAGAGGGCUUCUGAGCUGCCGGGGCAGAUGAAAGGAGAAGGACUCGGUCAGCUGAGGAGUGGUUUUAGCAUGGUAAGAGUAGCUAGACCCGUCAGACCACAGGUUAGGAUGGGGAAUCCCAACGAAGGCAAAGGAGUGUUCGCUCCUCUCGUCGUCAUAGCCAGGAACAUCCUCGGCACCAAGCGCUUCAACCAGUUGAGGGGAAAGGGAAUCGCCCUGCACUCUCAGGUCAUAACUGAGUUCUGUAAAUCUAUUGGAGCCGAUGCCAAGCAAAGGCAAGGCUUGAUUAGACUGGCGAAGAAGAACGGAGAGAAGCUGGGAUUCCUGGCAUAGAUAAGAAUCUGUUCUGCGAAUGUUUAGGAGGGAAUCGACUCCGUUCAGUGUACAGACUGAAUGCCCAUUAUGUCAGACCCGUGCGACGAGACGAGACCUUCAUCUGCUUGUAGCAUAGUUCUUCCGAUUCUUGCAGUGGAACCAAGCGUCUCUCUCUGACAUUAGGACUAUCAUUUUAUUACUUCUGUCAUAUAUGUAUUUAAGCCUGAUAAUGCCGGCUUAUCAUUAAUCAGGACGAGAGCAAGCCGCAUAGCUUGCAGCUGUGAACACACCUCCAGCCAACUGGCUAGGACCACAGAAAUUGAAGAUUACGUAUCGAAUUUUUUGGCCGCA